GUUACGGGCUUGUGCAGGAGGAGCUGCUCUCCCCAGCCUCCAUGCAGUACAGUCUGCCCUCUCCACUGGGAGCUGAGCCCUACUGGCAGGAGGUCUCCAGCAUGGAGUGUGCCCCAAUCGCCACCACCGAAGAAGACACCCUGAUGGAGAUGUCGGACGUGCAGGUGUGGCCUUCGGGGGUCAGCCCCUCCCUGGUCACAGUGGAGGACUCGUCCCUGGAUGGCAGCAGCCGAGCUGAUGACUCAGAGGGGGCCACCCUGUCCCUGCCCUGCAGCCUGGGGCGGCCCAGCAGUGGGGCCAGUGGCUCCAUCAUGGAGCUGGAGGAGGAGGAAGAGGAGGAAGGGGAAGUAGAGGAGGUGGAGGAGGUGCGGCAGGAGCCGGCGCUGGCGGACAGGGACAGGGUGAGGGCCAGUGGUGCCGUGCCAAAGGUCAACCUGAAUGGCCAGCUGGGAGGUCAGAGGUCGGAGGGCAGGAAGGUGGAGGUAGCAGCAUCAGUGGCGGGCAGCAGUGUGACUGGAGGAGGAGCGAGGGGAGGAGGAGGACUAAGACAGAGUUCAGAGGAAGGGCUUUCUGUUGUUGCAGGGCAGCAGGUUUACGCCCAGCUGUGUGAGAUGUCAGGACUGAGCCGAGCCAUGGAGCACAACGGAGACAACAGGUGAGACUCAGUCAGGGGUUCAGACUGGUCUAGCCAGACAGACCUUAUUCUCUGUAUGUGUGUACUGAAUCCAUAUUCAAAACUCAAUCCAUUAUGGCAUUCUCUUUUUGUGUCUUUUGUCUGUCUGUCUUGUUCUCUUUCCUACUCGCACCUCUGUCUCUCUGCUCCUCUUUCUUCUUCGUCUCUCUGUCCCCGUCUCCCUCGCCCCCUCUCUCUCAGGGUGGUUGGGGGCGGUGCAUUCCAGCCGUACUUACCCGACAAGGACUCCCUGCGCGGCUGGGCGGGGUCGCAGACACCCAGGCUGCCCCGACAGAGUGUGGAGACGCUGAUGAUGUCACCAAGGUCGUGUGUUACCGAGGAGGCUCUGCUGAUGCCGGUGUGUGACAUGGGGCACUCGGAGGUGCUGUGCAGGCACCUGUUUGGGACGCAGCCCUUCGACAAGGGGUUGGGCUUCUCACACCAAGAGGCAGGGCUCCAGGUUGUCACACCGACCGACCACCUGCCGCUUCCUGUGCCUGGAGGAGGGACUUCCUGUCCAUGCCUGCGAUAAAUAGGAUAAUCUUUUAAUUUGGUUUCAAUCAUAAAACUUCCAACCAUCAAAACCCAAAUUUUGAUGUUAUGUCACAUCAUCAUAUGAAAUUGGCUUAAUGGGGCAAAGAUGUGUUGUGUGGUGUUACGAACCCCGUGGCUUUAAACGUCUAGGGUGGAUGGACAAGAGACCCGUAACAUAAUUCAUGCAAAUUAGAAUCGUGACAUGGAAACAGUGAGAACAAAAAAUACACCGACAACCAUAAGCUACCGUCAAACAUAAAAUGUUUAUUUUGAACACACGGUAAAGGUUUGGGAAAAAGGGCUGAGCAGGACCCAAGAAAUGAAACAAUAGUGUAAAAAAAAAACUAAACUGAUCUUGCCUGCCUCAAGAACCGCUAAGCUACUGCUAAUCAUACAAAAAUUACAGUGGGGUGGUCCGCUCAGGUCUAACUAGUGUUUUUAGACAUUUUUCUUCCUACGGGUAAUGUAUGCCCAAGGGCAACUUGCUUAAAUCCCCCUUUUCCCAGAAACACACAACAAAGUUACCAAACAGAGUAACCAGCAAAUGAGUGAGUACAUAAAACACAGGACACCACAGUAUCCAUACUCACAUACAGAAAAUAGUCUCUCUCUACAAACACAACUGACUGGCUUUUAAAACAAUGGGAGGUGUAAGUGAAAAACCAGAAACAGGUGGUGCAAUACAGAGGAAUGUCCACUGAUUGGUCCACCUCAGCAAUCAGCAGCCAAACGGAUGUCGGACAGGUGGGACACCCCAACGACCACCAAUCAGGAACAUAAAGGACACCUGUGAUUAGGGCAGAAGGAGAGGAAAAACACAAAAACACACACAGGAUACCUGUAUCUGUAACAUGUGGUUUGUUAACCUGUGUACUAAUGUCAUUUGGUAAUUUCAUGUCUUAUAUCCUGAUGUUUUGACACAGAUUGAUGUUGAUAAAGAGGACUAUGCUGUUGAGUUUCUGGCUGAGGAGCAG